AUUAUUUCUUCAAUUUGCACUGUAUUCUCAGCACAAUGGCAUUCGAAUGAAUGCUCAUCUUUGUUUACACCCAAAAGUUAAUUGGGGGUUAAUUAAAUUUAAUUACAAUUAACAAUCUGGCCUCCCCUUCUGCAUAUUUAUACACUUAGAUACUUGAACACUGGAAAACCAGUUCCAAUUCCAAUUCAAUCCUUGUUUUCUCACUUGUCUCACUACCAACACCAAUACACCAAUAUUACCAUGAACUGCUGUGGGUGCGAGUGCAACAAUGCAGCCGCAGAAACCCCAAAACCCAAGAUUUUGGCUGUUAUUUUUGAUUUGGAUGGCACCCUUUUGGACACAGAGCGGGCAACAAAGGGCGUGUUCGAGGAAUUCUUGGCCCGCCAUGGCAAAGUUUUGGACACAGAAGGGGAGGAGAAGAAGAGGUUGGGGAUGACACUCAAAGACUCGGCAGCUUCGGUUAUUGAGGACUAUCAUCUUCCAUUCACCCCUGAUCAGUUUGUCCAACAAAUCAUCCCCAUGUACCAAGAAAAGUGGAUGUACGCAAAAGCUCUACCUGGUGCUAAUCGCCUUAUCAAACACUUCCAUGACCAUGGAGUACCUAUAGCUCUUGCUUCAAACUCCUUACGAGAAUACAUAGAUGCAAAAAUCUCUCACCAUCGAGGUUGGAAGGAACUGUUUUCAGUAAUUCUUGGCAGUGACCAGGUUAAAGCGGGGAAGCCCUCUCCAUAUUUAUUUGAAGAGGCAGCGAAGCAAAUGGGUGUGGAUGCAGUUCACUGCCUUGUGAUUGAAGACUCAUUGGUUGGUGUUAAAGCUGCCAAUGCUGCCGGAAUGGAGGUAGUGGCUAUUCCAUCCCGUGGUGAAGCUGCUGGUUCUUCCUCCCUUGCAGAUACUGUGCUUCAUUCUCUUUUGGAGUUUCAACCUGAGCAUUGGGGCCUUCCUCCAUUUGAGGACUGGGUAGAUAAGGCACUGCCAAUUGAACCAAUUUAUUUCAGUGGUCUCUAUGUCAAUGGGUUUGUCUGUGAAGUCACAGGGGAUGGAAGAUCUGCUCUCCCGGACCAAGUUUGGGGAGUUUUCUUCGGUUGGGCUGUAGCUGUAGCUGAUAUGCAGAAGACCUACAGGGUAGUGGUUGGCAUUGGAUUGGAUCACAACAGUUCUCCUGAUAAAAACAUUCAAUUACAUGUAGUUGAUGGAAACAAUUGUUGUACAUCCAAUCAGCAAAUGAAACUGCUACUUGUCGGCUACAUCCGGGAAUCAUAUACAAAGGAAGUUUCAUCAAUGGAUGCAGAAACACUCGAGGAAUGUAAGUCGAUUGCAAGUGCUUCACUCGAUCUGCCAAUAUUUAGUCACCAUGGUUGUGUGCCUCUGUAUCCACCACAACCUUUUUCUGUGGAAGACAUGAUUGCCAGUGAUGAGAUAGAACAAUGCUGACUUAUUCCAGCAUUUUGUUUGCACAAAUAAGAAAGGGGAAAGCGAUUAUGUACUGAAUAAAUAAACUUUGAUCACGAUACAUUUACGAACUUUGCUGUGCUGUAUAAUGGCCUCUCGACACGCACUGGCUAGUGCCCAGCACUCCAACAUUAAUCAAUCAGUAAAUUAAUACGACGUUAGAUA